AGAGCUCGGAAGGAAAAGCUCCCGAAAGCGCGCUUGUUUUUCGCGUAAGCUCCGACGCGAUGAAGCUACGAGAACGCCAGUCUCUACCCGAUCGCAGAUGAGAUCGGACGAUACUUGCUCUCGGGUCAGUUCGUAAUAGAUCGGGAACAGUGUGCUUUUUGUUCGGUUCGUUCGUGUAUGAUUUUUUGUGCUCAGUGCUUCAGUUUUCGCGGAAUAAAACAUAAUAUGCUCGUUAAAGAGAUUUGAUAGGAAAUUUCUGAGAAAAUGGCAACAAGGGUGUUUUCAUUAUGCCUGAUCCUAACAGCGUUAAAAACAGGAAGUUUUACAGAAAUGACACCAACGGAUGCUUCAGGGGGGUUGAAGUACGAAGCUCCUGAUGACUGUCAGUGGUGGGUUAGAGACCCAUCGGUCUCAGGAGGCCAGGACGAAGUAGCUCUAACCUGUAACCUUCGAACCAUCAACAGUGAAUUUGACACCACGAACUUCAGCGUGAUACCCUCAGAACAUACUACCUCACUUCGAGUCGAAUGCAACUCCGACAUCAUGUCCAGAUCGAGCUUGGACGAUAAAAGUUUUGUCCAUCUCACCAAACUUAGAGCUCUAGAGUUAGAGCACUGUAAAUUAGCUCGAUGGCCAGCUGGAACCCUCCUAGGUCUAAGAGACUUAAGAAACCUCACUGUGAGAACACACAACACUGACUGGCCUGCCAUGAACUUAGACUUUGCCAGAGACAGUUUUAACCCUGUUCGUCAACUAGAACGAUUAGACUUAUCCUGUAACAACAUCUGGUCGUUUCCAGAAAACAUUUUCUGUCCCCUCAUCAACAUGUUGUUUUUAAACGUCAGUGAAAACCGUCUUCAAGACGUAAGUGAUUUAGGAUUUAGAGAAAAAGCUCCUGGAGUGCCUCAACCGUUGAUUAGUGUAGCAGAGGAUGAUCAGCAUAGAGAAGACAACAGCAGGACUGCACCACAUCCGUGCAGUUUGGACAUUCAGGUACUAGACAGUUCCUUUAAUCAUUUCGUGUUGAUACCAGCAAAUGGGUUUAGCGUUCUAAGACGUUUACGCGAAUUCUACAUUCAUAACAACGAAAUAAGCAUGGUAGCUGACAAGGCUUUAAACGGGCUGAAAGCUCUUCAAAUUUUCGACCUUUCUAACAACAAAGUUGUGGCAUUGCCAUCGGAAUUGUUUAAAGACUGUAAAGAAACUAUCAGGGAAAUUUAUUUACAGAACAACACUAUCAGUGUCCUGGCACCUGGUUUGUUUGCUAACCUAGAACAACUCCUAGCUUUAGACUUAUCCAAAAAUCUUCUUAGCAGCUCAUGGAUAAAUGCCGAUACUUUCUCUGGCUUAAUACGGCUAGUUUUACUAAAUCUCUCUCACAACAGAAUAUCUAAAUUAGAUCCCUCAUUUUUUCGUGAUCUCUACACAUUACAAAUCCUGAAUUUAGAGCAUAACUCGAUCGAGAUGAUUCCAGCAGACACGUUUGCUCCAAUGAAUAACCUACACACUCUCAUCAUUUCAUUCAACAAGAUCACUUACCUAGAUGCUUACUCAUUAAACGGAUUAUACGUACUCUCUUUGUUAGCUCUAGACAACAAUGUUCUUGAAGGAGUCCAUCCUGAAGCUUUCCGAAACUGUUCAAGCUUGCAAGACCUGAAUCUUAACAGUAAUCAACUCAAAGCUGUUCCUUUAGCUCUCAAAGACAUGAGGCUGUUACGUACCGUAGAUUUAGGCGAAAAUCUUAUCACUUACAUUGAAGAGCCUGGUUUUAGAGGUUUGAGUAACCUCUACGGAUUGAGGAUGCUAGGAAAUCGAAUUCAGAACGUUAGUAAGCGGGCGUUUGCUGAUCUUCCUGCCUUACAAAUACUGAACUUGGCUAGGAAUCGUAUUCAAAGAAUCGAACAUGGUUCAUUUUCAAAUAGUCCUAAUUUACAGGCUAUUAGAGUUGAUUCCAAUAUGCUUACUGACGUAAACGGACUCUUUGCAGAUAUUCAAAGUUUGUUAUGGUUAAACGUUUCCGAUAACCAACUGGAAUGGUUUGAUUAUGCCCUCAUUCCUCAGGGACUACAAUGGUUGGAUUUACACAACAACAAUAUUAGAGAACUUGGUAAUAAAUAUAACCUAGAUUUUGAGUUAAAACUUGAACAACUCGACGCAAGUUUUAAUAAGAUAUCGAAAAUAAACUCUGCGUCAGUUCCGAGUAGUAUAGAACAACUUUUUUUAAACGACAAUUUAAUCAGUAUCGUUGAACCGCACACCUUUGUGAAGAAAACUAAUUUAACCAGAGUGGACUUAUACGCUAACCAGAUAGCGAGUAUGGAUUUGAAAGCGUUAAGAUUGACUCCUGUGGACCCCGAGAAAAAUCUACCCGAAUUUUAUAUCGGAGGUAAUCCUUUUCAGUGUGACUGUACGAUGGAAUGGCUACAAAGAAUUAAUAAACUAGACCACUUGAGACAACAUCCGAAAGUAAUGGACCUAGAAAGUAUUUAUUGCAAGUUGUUACAUAACAGAGAGAAUAAUUAUCUUCCUUUAAUAGACGUGGAUUCGUCUCAGUUCCUAUGCACUUACAAAACCCACUGUUUUGCCUUAUGUCAUUGCUGUGACUUUGACGCUUGCGACUGUGAAAUGACCUGUCCGAAUAAUUGCACUUGUUACCAUGAUGAAAGCUGGGCAGCUAAUGUCGUUGAAUGUAGUGGAGCAGGGUACACUGAAAUGCCUAACAGCAUUCCCAUGGACGCCACUGAAGUUUACUUGGAUGGAAAUAACUUUGGAGAGCUAUCAAGUCAUUCGUUCAUUGGCAGAAAGAAUCUUAAGGUCCUCUAUGCUAAUAGUUCUAACAUCGCUGCAAUAUACAACCACACUUUUAGCGGUUUAAGACGAUUAACUAUACUGCAUUUGGAGAAUAAUCACAUCAAGGAGCUUCUAGGAUUUGAGCUAGCGACAUUAGAGUCUUUGCAUGAGCUAUAUUUGCAAGGAAACAUGAUCCAUCAUAUCGAUAACCGUACUUUUUUGGAAUUGAAGCAACUCAGAGUACUAAGAUUGGACGAGAACAAGCUUUAUUCGUUUGAAGUUUGGAAAUUAUCAUUAAAUCCUUACUUAGUUGAGAUUGGCUUGGCUUAUAAUCACUGGUCGUGCGAUUGUGCCUAUGUUAACAAGUUCAAGACCUGGUUAAAGCAAGAUUACGGUAAGGUUAUUGACGGAACUAGGAUAACGUGUGUCAUAAACAAUGCAACAAACUUGUUAGGACCUAAAUUAGCUGAUUUCAACUCGUCCAGAUGUUUGUAUGCCUUACCAAAUGGAAACCAUGCAAUCGUAGAACAGCAAGUUAUGAAUGAUUACCUUCCUUUGCUUCUUGGAACGAUGUGUGCUUUUAUAUUCAGCGUAGUUUUGGUUUGUGGAGCUUUUUACUAUCGUAGAGAGUUGAGAGUUUGGAUAUAUUCAAGAUGUGGACUGAGAAUGUGUUAUAAAACUACUGCCUUUGAGGAGCAACAAGAUAAAGACAGAUUGUUCGAUGCUUACGUUAGUUAUAGUGUCAAAGACGAAGGGUUUGUUAGUCAGGUGCUUGCGCCAGGUCUAGAAGGUGGGGACCCGUGUUAUAGACUCUGCUUGCAUUAUAGAGACUUUAACGUAUCUGCAUACGUCGCAGAUACAAUCAUAGAAGCGGUAGAAUCUUCCAGACGUACUAUCAUAGUUCUCUCAAAGAACUUCCUGCACAACGAAUGGUGCAGGUUCGAGUUCAAGUCAGCAUUACACGAAGUGCUGAAAGACAGACGUAAAAGACUGAUUUUCAUAGUGACGGGUGAGUUACCGCAUCGGGAUUUAGAUCCCGACCUUCGGUUGUACCUCAAAACGAACACGGUUAUCGAAUGGGGUGACAGACAGUUCUGGCAGAAGUUACAGUUCGCGAUGCCCGAUGCCAGGAGGUCGUGCGUUCAUCAGAGGUCAUCUGUGAACAUAUAUGCAACGGCAACACCGUCUCACUUGAUGGACAGGUCCAGGAGUCCGGUGUUGCCGCCUCCGCCGCCUCCAGGAAAAUUGCCGCCGUUUUUGCAGAAUUCCUCGAGUUUGCCCAGGGAUUCGAGGAAUAUGCCGCAUCCUUUGUGGGCGUAGCGUUCGCUGUUUAAUAGUAUGCCGCGCUACAACAGGAGGGUUCAAAGAGCCGGCGGUACCAACCCAAGAAAAGGCGACGGAAGACCCAGACUGGUUUACUAGGCGCGCGCCACUGCUGCGGUGUUGCCAAACUUGAAGAAACUUCUCCGAAUUUAGGGAAAAAUUAAAAUUUCGAUUUUUACGCGGAGAAAAAGAAAAUAGGGUAUUAUUUAAUUAAUAUAUUAUAAAUUAAAUUAAAUUAGAUUUUAGUUCAAAUUUAGAGAAUUUUCAGGGGAAAAUUUCUUUAACGGUUGGUAACACUGUUAACCUAUCGAAUAGGGUCCUAGAGGAUACGGUCCUAUCCUCGAGAUUGUGAUAUUAAUGUGAAUAAUUCUAAAAGCUAGUAGAUAUUUAAUUAAAUAAUUUAAUACUUAUAUAAUAGUUAUUGUAAUAUUGCUAAAACAAAGAAAUAUCAGAUUACUACGAUGAAAAAUAAUAAAAGAACUGAAUAUUCUUAUGGAACUUGAAGUAAUAGUGAAACUAUUGAUAUUAUUGUACCAUUCCAGAUGUCUAUCAAUGUCUUUUUUCUCUCUUUGAAUUUUUAUGCUUGUCGAGCUUAACUACGAUGCAAAUACUAAAUUUCUAGGUUAGGAUUUGAGAUUAAAUAAAAUAUGAUUAAAAAUUGUAGUUCUGAAAGUUUAAAACAUUCUGUCAGAUAAAAAUUAAAGUUAAUUUAUAUUAUUGAAUAAAAAUGAUGUCAAUGUAGGCGUAGAAUUCACAUUUUGGUUAAAUAAUGUUUGCCUCGGAAUACAAAAUAUCAGUGUUAGUAAGAGAAAGUAGUCUAAACUGUACUGCUUUUGCACAAAAGUUAAAAAACAGUUUUUCAGAUUUUUAGAUGCCUUAAAGCAUUUCAAAAUCACUUACCAUCACAAAUUUAGAAAUAAAAAUAAAAAACUUCAGGACCGUGGACAUAAUAUAUUUUUAAUCAUAUUUUUUCCUGUAAAUAAUAAUUAUUAUUGUAAAUAAUACAAAGAGAAGAUUUACAAAACGGGUUACAGUAGUUUGUUAAAAAAUACAUUAAAAGGAGGUUGUGAUUUGUAGAAGAAUAUGACUGAUACAACGAUUGGAUGAAGUAUAAUAUUGUUGGCUGAUUUUUAAUUUUUUGUAAAAUAGAAAAGUUUGGUUUAAAAAAAACAAUACACAAAAUAAACUGUUUCAAAUAUUGAAUUUGUUAAUAAACCUGUAUAUUUUUAAAUAAACGUGUUUUAAACCAAGCCUUGUCUAUUAAAGUAUGUUAAUAAGACUAUUUACACUGUUGAGAAAAAAAUUAAUUAUUUUCUCACAGCGUACUUUUUCCAGAUUCCUACUAUAUUGUAUAUGUAAAAAUGUUUUCCUGUAAAUAUUAUGUAAAUAUUUAUUUUAAAUACAUAUAUUUUCAUCAAGUCCAAAGCACUAUAUAAAUGUACAUAGUAUUUGAA